AGUCAUUUUUGGUGUCACUUGAACACCAGCUCUGAUAACAUGAAGCAGAGAAGUUUGUCGGGUAACGUUGGGGUAGGAGUGUUUAUAGUCGCGCUGGUGUGUGUUUGUGUUGCAUUUGGGACACCUUCAUGGCUGACAAGUGACACCAGAAUCACAGGUGCACGGGUUGAUAAAUUGGGGCUCUGGACCCAUUGCUUUAGAUCCCUGGGAAAUCCCCAGGAACCACCGAGUGCACCAUCGAGAUUUUUUGUUGGGUGUCGUUGGGUCUAUGAUCCAUUUACUGCCGGGUAUUCUGAUAUCAGAGGUUUUCUUUUACCUCCAUUCAUGGUAGCGACCCAGUUCUUUUUCACGGUUUGUUUCCUUGGAAUGGUCGUGGCAUUUGUGCUGGUGUUGCUCUUUACACUCUGCAGUGAUCCAGAACAAAAAAAUUACGUGCUAUUGAUCCAAGUAAUUGGAUACUUAUUACUUUUGGCUGGAAUUUGCGGAUGUAUCGGGGUGAUAAUAUUCGCCUGUCUUGGUAAUGGGGAUGGAUGGAUGCCAGGACAUGAAAAUAACUUCCUAGGAUGGUCGUUUAUCAUCGGUGUUAUUGGCAGUAUAUUAACAAUUAUUGCCGCUAUUUUAUUCCUCGUUGAAGCGGACAUUCAGAAAAAAAAAUUGCAGUAUUUUAAAGAAUCUCAAACGCGAUUCCAAAUGGACUCACCGACGGCGUAAAACGCCAGCGUAUUUUAUAUGAUAAUUAUUUUAUAGCUUUUGUCACUAUUAAUUAAUUAAUUAAUAAGGCAGCUCGUAAGUUUGUUAUUUUCAAAAAGUAAUAACUGAGAUUCAAAGUAAUUAACGACGUUGACUACGACAUUAAAAUAAUCUCUUCAAAUCCGUCCUUGAGAGUACAAAGACACCGUCCAUUAUAUAUUAGGUAUAUAUAUAAAUAUAAAUACAUACUUUAGCUGUGAAUAAAACUUUUAUCAAAUAAUUAUUCACGUAAAAAAAUGUAUUGCGUAAUUAAGUAAAAAAUUUUAUUUGAUAUUUCUACGAUUAUUUUAUUUUUUACAAAUAAAAUAAAUUUUUUAUUCGUUAUUUUUGUAAUAUAUCGAAAAUGAAUUUUAAAUUU